AUGGGGUUCCCUGAUGGGAGUUUUCCCCCGUUCCCACAUAGCCCUGAGCGCCCUCAUUCGCCCUUUUCGCCGAGCGGUGCAACUGAUGAGGCUCGGUCUACUGGUAUGGAAGACCAGGGGAUCAUUGCGUAUGUGAUCAUUCUAAGCGAGGUCUUCGCCAAAACCACGAGAUACGUUCAUCGCCACGGCCGGCCAAGCAGUGUCCCACCCUGGUCCUCACAGUCAGAGUACUCCAAAAUUAUCACGCUCCAAAUGGACCUGGAAACACGCAUGCCUUACAUUCAUCGAUUCAAACCGGCCAACCUCAGCGAGAGGACGGCCGAGGAGCUUCAAGCCAACCGAGGAUACUGGGGUCCGUGGUUCCUGAACCAAUUUCUCUAUCAUACAAACCUCUGCCUCCUUAAUCAUCCGCUUCUGCUGUCUCUGAGCCUGAGGAACUUCCGGAACUCUAUUCCAGAGAUAUUCUUGCAACACACUUCGGACCUUAUAUCUUCACAUACCACCUGGAUCAUUCAUUUCAUAAACUACUUUGAAGAGAAAAACUUCAUUGUGUCAGAUCCACUCCUAGGGUACAGCGCCGCUGUGGUGGCAACCAUCGAACUACAGCUAAGUUUUACUGAAGAUAAAACCAUCCGACAAGAGAAGCGCGAUCGCUUUUAUAGAUGUGUCAAGUUCGUUGAAAACAUUGGGCAAAGGUGGCCUCACAUGGCGCAAUUGGCGGAUAAAUUACAACGACUGGAAGGUGCUGUUUCAGCCACUUAUCAACCUGAGCCACGGGCUCAGAAUAAGAGCCUACUGAUAGACCUGUCACGAUUUUGGGAAAUCCUCGAAUACUCGUUUAACAGGGAUACGGGCUCUGCUCGUCGCUUGUUCGGCGAUUCGUUAUACAGUGAACCGCCUACCAUUGACAUGGAAGUAUCGCAGACGUCUCCUCUACCCGAACCCACUCGCCUGAAUUCACACUCCGAACAAUCACAGCCAGGGUCACGAAUGUCUGAAUAUGGCUUUCAACCUGCUCUUCCGGUUGUGUCACACUAUGCCAUGGGCUCAGCAAUCUCUCCGCGUCAACCAGAUUUCUUCAACGACGAGCUAUCUAUCUUGGCCACAAACUUCUUCUCCCAGGGACAAGAGUUCUUGCGCGGCAGUGAUAACAGAGAAGGAAUUGGGAACUUCUAA